UGUAUUCCUUAUGCAGGACGAGCUUCAGUGAAUGCUAUAUCACCAGUAUAAGAGAAAGGGUUACCAGACUGUUGUGUAUUUGACAGUGCUGAGUUCUUUUCAGGUUCCUCAGCAUCUGCUCCAGUUCCUGACCAGACUUUGUGCAUUAAUUCAGUACUUCUACAUGGUUGUUUGGCAAGACAAGUAUAGAGAAGCAGAGGUGGUAUAAAGCAGAGACAGACUGGGAUCACGCCCAGGUUCCAGGGAGAAGUCACUAGAUAUUCACCAUGGAGAAAAGGUCCUUGAAGGAGAUACAGUCUCUGAAGGAGAGGAUGGGGGCACAGCUGAAAGAACUAAACCUGAACCCUAAAACACUGAAAAACUCGAAAAAAGCGGUGAAGGGAUUCACAGACUUUAUACAGAACAAGGAGAUGGAGGAGACAGACAACAGCUACGAUAAUAAAGAGAUGUUGUUGGCGCUAGAGAAGGAGUACAUUGACGCAGCAAAAAUAAAUGAUGUACAGACCAUGAAGCUUCUGGGGAAGGCGGUCAAUGUCGACGCAAAGAACUUGCAUGAUCGCACUGCCCUGCACUAUGCAGUAGCUGGGAAAAACAUAGAGGCCGUCCAAGUACUUCUACAGCGCAGAGCAAAUCUCAAUCAAGCGGACAAGCAUGGAGUGACAGCCAUCCACCUGGCUGCCUGGUUUGGGAGUGUAGCCAUCCUGAAGUUGCUUGUGCAGGGUGGUGCUGACCCAAGUGUUCAGAAUGCGGUGGGACUGAACAUCAUGCACUGUGCUGCCAUCAACAACCACACCGACAUUGUGACGUUCAUUAUCUACGACUUGAUGAUGAAAGAACUGGACAAAGAGGACCUGUCUGGACACAGGGUGUUUGCGUUGGCAGCAGAGCAUGGCUCUGUUGAGAUGCUGCAGAUGUUGAUGGAGGAGGCAUACAAUAUGGCCACCAUGGAGGAAGACCAGAAUGGGGACACACCUCUGCACUUGGCUGCCAGCAAUGGCCAUUUGGAUGCCGUCCAGCUACUGUUGAAGAGCUUUGAUACUCGUGAUGAAGUCAAUAAGCUUGGGGAGACGGCUCUGUACCUGGCUGCUGACGCUGCCCAUGAGGACUGUGUCCAGGCUCUGUUGGAGGCAGGCUGUGACCCAAACAUUGUCACCAUGGGCCAAAGCAGUGCUCUACACCCUGUCUCAGAGAAGGGUCACACGUCGUUGGUGAAACUCCUCAUAGAGAACACGGCCCAGAUGGACUUACAAAACCAGCACCUCCAGGCUCCUCUCUACCUGGCAGUGAAGAACUGUCACAUCCCUGUCAUCCACACACUGCUGGAGGCUGGCUGCAACAUCAACAUCACUGAUCAUAGGUCCCAGACUGUCCUGCAUGUAGCAGCAGAGCUGGCCAGAGUGGACAUUGUUGACAUGCUUCUGAAAGCUGGGAUGGACCUGACCCUCCAGGACAAGCAGGGUAAGACAGCACUGGCUGUGGCAGCCCGAGCAGACGAAGUCAUCAUCGUGGACAUGAUCAUCAAGGCAGAGAGAUAUUUCACAUGGAGGAGGGCCAACACUGAGCUUAAUGAGAAUCUUCACAGCCAGUCUCCGCUGACGUUUAAAUUAGACCACCGCGCAGAGAGCAAACAUGUCCGCGGUACGGCCUGGCACCUGGCCUACCGCCUGCUGGAGCCGGGUGACUGGAAGAGGCUGGCGCUGCACUGGCACUUCACCGAGCAGCAGGUGGCUGCCAUCGAGGAGCAGUGGACAGGGAAGCGGAGCUACCAGGACCAUGGGAACAGGAUGCUGUUGAUCUGGCUCCAUGGGUCAGAGCUGGCCCAGUUGAAUCCUGCUAAAGAGCUGUACCAGGGCCUGCUUGCCAUAGACAACAAGACCGUAGCAGAUAAAAUACGAAUGGACACAGAGGACGGAGACAUGAAGAAAUGCAUCCUUUCAUAAAGGGUGGUGAACGUGUCAACAUCUACAGACAGACAUACGCUCAGUCAACCAGAUUCUAUAUUUCCCCAAAUGAGAGCAUUUGUGUGGUUCUUUUUCAAUGGAUCCAUAGCAGUACACAUUUCCAUGUACCGUCGGACGUUUCCAUCCACUUAGGUUGGAGUCAUUCAAACUCGUUUUUCAACCACUCUACAAAUUUCUUGUUAACAAACUAUAGUUUUGGCAAGUCAGUUAGGACAUCUACUUUGUGCCUGACACAAGUCAUUUUUUGACAAAAGUAAUUGUUUACAGACAGAUUAUUUCACUGUAUCACAAUUCCGCUGGGUCAGAAGUUUACAUACACUAAGUUGACUGUGCCUUUAAACAGCUUGGAAAAUUCCAGAAAAUGUCAUGGCUUUAGAAGCUUCUGAUGGGCUAAUUGACAUCAUUUGAGUCAAUUGGAGGUGUAUCUGAGGAUGUGUUUCAAGGCCUGCCUUCAAACUCAGUGCCUCUUUUCUUGACAACAUGGGAAAAUCCCAAGAUCUCAGAAAAAAAAUUUUAGACCUCAACAAGUCUGGUUCAUCCUUGGGAGCAAUUUUGAAAUGCCUGAAGGUGCCACGUUCAUCUGUACCAAUAAUAGUACACAAGUAUAAACACUAUGGGACCACACAGCCGUCAUACCGCUUUGGAAGGAGAUGCGUUCUGUCUCCUAGAGAUGAGGUUACUUUGGUGCGAAAAGUGCAAAUCAAUCCCAGAACAACAGCAAAGGACUUUGUGAAGAUGCUGGAGGAAACAGGUACAAAAGUAUCUAUAUCUACAGAAAAACGAGUCCUAUAUCGACAUAACCUGAAAGGCCGCUCAGCAAGGAAGAAGCCACUGCUCCAAAACCGCCAUAAAAAAGCCAGACUAUGGUUUGCAAUCGCACAUGGCAAGCAUACUUCCAAAGUUGUGGCAAAAUGGCUUAAGGACAACAAAGUCAAGGUAUUGGAGUGGCCAUCACAAAGCCCUGACCUCAAUCCUAUAGACAAUUUGUGGGCAGAACUGAAAAAGUGUAGGCGAGCAAGGACGCCUACAAACUUGACUCAGUUACACCAGCUCUGCCAGGAGGAAUGGGACAAAAUUCACAGUGGGAGCGUGUGGAAGGCUACAUGAAAUGUUUGACCCUAGUUAAACAAUUUAAAGGCCAUGUUACCAAAUUCUACUUGAGUAUGUACACUUCUGACCCACUGGGAAUGUGAUGAAAGAAAUAAAAGCUGAAAUAAAUCACUCUUUACUGUUAUUCUGACAUUUCACAUUCUUACAAUAAAGUGGCGAUCAUAACUGACCUAAGACAGGGAAUUUCUACUAGGGUUAAAUGUC